UUCCUGUUAGCGAUCCCUAGUGUGUGGUGGUGUUGCGUUUGAUAAUUUAAUCAGUGUUUUUAGCUGUUAUCCUAGCUAUACCUCGUUUAUUCAUGCGUAGGUUGCUAUGCACUACUAUUUUGUGCGUAAUUCACGUCUUCACAUUGAUCAGCAAUGCGAAAGGACAAGAGUUUACAGAGCUGGAAAUGGCACACUACAGGGAGAAAAUCAAGUCCAUGUUUUACCAUGCAUACAACAGCUACUUGGAUCAUGCUUAUCCAUAUGACGAACUGCGACCCCUGACCUGUGAUGGCCAGGAUACAUGGGGCAGUGUUUCACUGACUUUGAUAGAUGCCCUGGAUACAUUGCUGAUUCUGGGAAACCACACUGAGUUUCAGCGUGUGGCAACUCUGCUUCAGGACACUGUGGACUUUGACAUCGAUGUCAAUGCCUCUGUUUUUGAGACUAACAUUCGAGUGGUGGGUGGUCUUCUGUCUGCCCACUUGCUGUCUAAGCGUGCUGGGAUGGAGGUGGAGCCUGGCUGGCCUUGUUCUGGACCCCUCCUCAGGAUGGCUGAGGACGCAGCACGAAAACUCCUCCCUGCGUUCCAGACGCCCACAGGGAUGCCCUAUGGCACGGUGAACCUGCUUAGAGGGGUGAACCCUACAGAGACCCCUGUCACCUGUACUGCUGGGGUGGGCACCUUCAUCCUGGAGUUCUCAGCUCUUAGCCGGCUCACUGGGGACCCCGUAUUUGAGGACGUGGCGCGCAAGGCCCUCCGGUCACUGUGGAAGACUCGCUCUGAGAUAGGACUGGUGGGGAACCACAUUGAUGUCCUCUCCAAGAAAUGGGUGGCCCAGGACGCAGGUAUAGGGGCCGGUGUGGACUCGUACUUUGAGUACCUGGUGAAGGGCUCUAUCAUGCUACAAGAUGAGGAACUGCUAUCAAUGUUCUUAGAGUAUGACAAGGCAAUUAAAAACUACACCAAGUUUGAUGACUGGUACCUGUGGGUCCAGAUGCACAAGGGAACAGUCUCUAUGCCUGUUUUCCAAUCACUGGAGGCCUUCUGGCCAGGGCUACAGAGUUUGAUCGGUGAGCUGGACAGUGCAUUGAGGACUUUCCACAACUACUACACAGUGUGGAGGCAAUUUGGAGGACUGCCGGAAUUCUACAGUAUUCCACAGGGAUACACUGUAGACAAGAGAGAAGGAUACCCUUUACGGCCAGAGCUGAUAGAGAGUGCCAUGUACCUGUACAAAGCCACUGGUGACCACACCUUUCUGCAGCUCGGUCGAGAUGCUGUGGAGUCCAUUGAGAAGAUUACACGGGUCCCCUGUGGCUAUGCCAGUGUGAAAGAUAUCAGAGAUCACAAGCUGGACAACCGCAUGGAGUCCUUCUUCCUGGCAGAAACCAUCAAGUACCUCUACCUUCUGUUUGAUCCAGAUAACUUCCUUCACAACAGUGGCCUGGACUUUGAGCUGGGCACUGGCCCCAGUGAGGACUGUGUUUUGGGGGCAGGGGGUUACAUCUUUAACACAGAGGCCCACCCCCUGGACCCUGCUGCCCUUCACUGCUGCAGCCGCAAGCAGGAGGAACGCAGAGAGCUGCAGGACAUCCUCCUUAACCUAUCAGAGCCCCUCGCCAGUCCACAGGAUACCCAAUCACAGGAGACAGACAGUGAGACCGAGCCACCUGUCAUGGAUCCCUCAGAAAGUAUAGCACUGAAGCCUGGGAGCAGGAGGAAAGCCCCUCUCCUCUCCUGCCCUAUGCAGCCCUUCAGCGCACGGCUAGCUGUCAUGGGUCAAGUCUUCACAGACAGCACAUGACAUGGACUUACAAAUGUUUUCACUAAGUUUGAGCUGCUAUUUUCAUUUUACCCAUAGACCAGUCAUUACACUAAUGCUAGUUAGCAUGGGCUCGCGAAACUACCUCUAACUUCCUUCAUACUGGACACAGAAACAUAGAAAUGGUAUCGACGAGUUCAUCGAAAUCUGGGGAAGUAGAUAAAGGGCAUCAUUGCCAAAAUCCUGAAGUAUCCAGCUUUUAACUGAACACUGAAAAUUAAAGAUUUACUGUGGUUUUCAUUAUACAAAAUGCUUUCUGAUUCAUGGCAUUGCCCUUGGUUUGUGAAAUACAUUGUAAUAUAGGCAUGUGGUUAGGAAAGGUAUGAAUAAAUAAUAGUUUGCAUUAAACAUUUUCAUACUCAA